AUGCCUGAGAACGAUUCUCCCGCAAGGGAACCUUCCACUCGUGGCCGUGGCCGCGGUGGAAGAGGUCGUGGUGGACGAGGUAGAGGUGGUGGCAGAGGUGGCUCUACAACCGCUCUAUCCAAGGCGGCUACUGCAAAGGCUGGCCGUGGUGGCUCACGACGAGGCCGAGCAAAGAACUUUGCCGAUUCGCGUGUACAGGCUGCUUAUGAGCGUCAACGGCAUCUCAAAGCAAAUUAUCAAGCUGUUGCUCACGCGCUGAAGCCUGCCCUGCAAGAGCUGGCUGAACGCACCAUUGAUGAUGCUCUUCAAAAUCCAGACAAGUAUAAACUUGUCCAGGAAUUCAUACCUGCCAUGGAGGAGCUCCAAGCAAACCUCGAUGCCAAACUCGCCGAGCACAAGCGUCGUCUGGACAGAGACCUUGAGCUCGCCCAGCAUCUGCAUGAAGCCGACAAUUACGUCGCUGAGCAAGAAUUCCAGAACGGUCUUGAUGAGAUUGAAGAACAGUUCUACGAAUCACAAGAGAACCGUGCUCGAAUUCUCAAUUCCUUGUAUGACAAGAACCUUCCCGUCGAUAUUGCCGAUGAUCAAUAUGAGUACAAGGUCAUCAGUGAUGAGCAUUAUGACGAAGAAUUUGGAAUCUACGAAUGCUACCAAGAUGGUCAUCUCGUCCCUUAUCCUUCUCGUGUCCAAGGCACUUCCAUGUGGCGAAAGGGUCGCGAGAACGAAGCGGCUGCUACAGCUGCAAUUCCAACCGCGGCCACCGCUUCUUCAAAGGGCCGUGGACGUGGCCGUGGUGUCAACAAACGCAGAGCCCAAGACCAACCAGACGGUCAACCUACUCCCAAGAAGAACACCAGAAGCAACGCUGACGAUGGCGCAUCUCUUGCUGCUCCCGCCCCUGCCAAGGGUCUUCUCGCUUCCGCUGCUGAAGCCGAGGCCACACCUGAGGGCACGCCAGCUGAGUCGGAAUCAGCACCAGGAACUCCAGAGCCUCCCGCUCUUGUCAAUGGCAUCGCUCCUGCAGCUGCCGCUCGGGCACAAAGUAAAUUGCCUGCUCGUGAAAGAAGCCCCCCGUUGCCAAAGAACAUGGGCGAUGAAGAUCAGUGGGGCUACCGCGUAUAUAACCAGAAGCCAUCUAUGCGAGAGAAGGGCAUUAAUAGUCGCCUUUACUGCCCCAAAACCUUUGAGUUCAAUGACUGGGAAAUCGGCUUCAGGGACUCCACGAAUGACUCUAGCAAGGGUCAUACACAUGCAAAGCGUGGCAAGUACCUCAACACUCCUAACAGCAAUGGCCUUCACGUCGAUCAUUGGUGCAAUGGCUACGACUUUUCAACCACAGUUCCCGAAGAUUUUGACCAAGACGCAGUCAAGCGCUUCGGUGUUCACCCCAAGUAUGGUGUUAUCAUGAAAGAUGCACCUGUUCCCGAGGUAGAGAAGACUCCACACGUCAUGCCAGGGAAGCCUGUUGUCUAUAUUGCCAACCCUUCGGGUCGGAUUGCCCAUGCUUCACGUUCAUUCCUCAAGACUACCAAUCACCGUCGUUCAGAUGAUAACCCGUACCGCGCCAAGAUUGGUGCUUCGAUGAGACGAUUUUGCAAACUUGAGGAGGUCGACCCUGAAGAGAUCUCUAUAUCUGAAUAUGUGCGUUCUGAUGAGGUUUUGCGAAGCAGAUCUUUGGGCACUGCCGCCAAGGAGCUUGAAGCCAGACCUAUUGUCAGCCGAGCCGCUUCUGAGUCGCAAGAGCCAGAAAGUGAGGAACAAGAGCCCGAAGGAGAGGACGUCGAGGCCCCUCAACCCGAGCCUGGAUUCACUAACCUGGCCGUCCUCGCCUAUGCUGGUGCUUUUCUUGAGACUGAAGAAUCGAACAAGGCUCCCAAGCCUGCGCCGAAGCCAGCUCGCUACGACGCUAUUCGUGAUGUCUUCACUGACUCAAAGCCUGCUCCUGCUCCUACGUCCGACACCAGUUCCAGCGUUGGCCUCGAUUACUUGGCUAUCUUGAGCAAUGUUGUAAGCGCUUCCAACGAACCCGCUGCUAUCCGAGAGACCGAACCAGUCUACGACACUGCUCCAGCAACCGAACUUGCGAUGAGCUAUGAGCCAGCAUCUGUCCCUGAAGCAGCGCCUUCUAUGCUUGAGCCAUAUGGUACUCAGGAACAACCAUCCUACCGUGAUGCCGCGCCAAACGGCAUGGUACCUGACCCCGUUUCUUCUCAUGGAAUGCUGGAACAUGAUCCCCGAAGCUCCGUCUCCCAGACUAACGAGCUCCCGCCUGUCACCCCAAGCCAGGCCACAAUUGACCCUCGAUACAAUCCCAGCCCUGUCGAGGUUCCCCAAGGGUACAUGCACCAGCCCCGCGCGCACAUGUCAAUGCAAGCAAGCGGCCCAGUGCAUGGUCAUCCUGGAGAACCCAUGGCCUAUCCACCUAUCCAGGAACACAAUGUUUCACAGCAUCCGCCAGUACGACAUCCGGAUUACCCUCCCCCCCAUCCAUCUCAGGGCCCUCCAGUUCAGGAUCAGGGGACAUACCUGUCACAUAGCAGCUACCCCAACACAGACCCCCGUGAUGCUCACAUGGCUGCCGGCCGUCCUAUCGAUCCCGGGUAUUCUCCGCGCCGUAUGAGUAUCUAUGGUGCGCCCGAGCCGAGCUACUCUCGUGCGUACUGGUCGCAACCUCCUCCCCCGGGACCACCACCCGCCGGACCUUCAAAUGCUCCUCCCGGACCUCCGGGACCACCACCAGGCCCAGUAUCGUCUCACUAUUCAUCACCAGCUCCUCCCCCAGCGCGGAUCCCUUUUUCUCACAAUGGCAGCGCCGAGCCUCUACCCCCUCUGCGACCUUCGCGAGGACGUAACCAGUCUCUUCAGGAUGAGGCACUGUUGGAACCUAGCUUACGAUCAUCCGGUUCUUACUACCCGCCUGGUCCUCCUCGCUCUUAUCACCGAGGGUACCCUGGCCCCGAGCCACAUGGGCAACCACCGCUUCAGCCGAUUGCGACUGAUCGAAUUCUGCCAAACCCGCAGACUGCUGGGCAAGGUUAUAUGACCUCGCCUCAUCAAGGCUACGCCCAUCAAGUCCUAUCUCCAACGUAUGCGAACCCCCCUCCUAUGCCCUCUCACAUGGCUCAAAGCCCCCAAGACAAUCCUCAGGGUCUUCCCAGUUCGAUCCAUGGUCAUCGAUCCACCCCUUCAGGGUCGUCUGAUGCUGGGAACAAGUAUCGAAAGCUUCAACCCGCCCCCGUUCCCGCGCACCGAGCGUGGCCGAAUAAGCCCGAAUUGAAGACCAUUCCAUACGACCACAAGGAGACUGGGUCUGCCGCGGCUCUGCCCAGCUCUGGGCCGACCCAGAUCAGAGGGUGGAGCAAUGGUGACGACUCUUCAUCCAAGGCUGAUGAGCAAGCUAAGCCUGCGCGGCCGUACAAGUCCGUCCGAUUCGUCGAGCCUGCUAUCGGCGUGCCACCUACGGCAGAGAAGCUGAACAAACGCAAGCAUUCUGACACGCAGCCAGACGAUGAUGUUGUCGCGGCUAAGCCUUCAGCUAAGAAAUCUAAGAAGAAUGACGAUGUUGCUGUGGUGAUUGAAGAGGAUGACAAUUCGCUCAAGCGACGACUGCGCCCUAGGAAGCCCAAGACAACUGAGGCUGAACCCAUUGCAACUAAAGCUGGGCCGGCGAAGAAGCCGAGAGUGGCUCAGUCGCGUAAGAGCAAGACUGUCGAGGCCACCAAGACGAAGGAGACUGCAUCGAAGACGAAGAUCAAGAUCGUCCGUUCCAGCACUUCCAACAAGAAGAGUGAUCAAGAUGUUGAGUCUACGACCUCAAAGGGAAAAUCAUCAUCCGCCAAAGAACCUCGAGCUAAGGGCGAAUCUUCUGACGAUGUCCAAAUCACCAAGAGUCAGCGAAAAGUCAUCACCAUUGACACCACUGACGAGAGUUGCUAA